AUGCGGCCCCACUGCUGGCUGAUGGUGGCUCUGGCGGGGGUCAUGUCGUACAUCAGCCCGGAGAGAGCGCUCGGAGCCCCGCAGAGGGAAGUUUCUCAGAGCAGGACGGCCUCGCUGUCUCCUCCGCCUUACGUGGUCAUCCUCAUCUCCUGCUCGGGGCUGGUCUCCUUUGUGCUGCUGCUCCUCACCUGUCUGUGCUGCAAGAAAGGAGGAGUCAGAUUCAAUGAGUUUGACAAUGCGGACGGGGAAGACUGCUCGGGAGGCUCCAGCCACAUCCAGGAGGACAGCCUGUCGUCGUGCCCCUCCCUCCCGGAGGUCUACACUUUGCCCGUCAGGGAGAGGCCCAACUGCGCCGCCCUGCACGAUGGAGACUCCAAGUCUCAAUGCUUCAAAAGACACGCUUUGAACUACCUGCAGGAAAUCGGCAAUGGCUGGUUUGGAAAAGUGAUCCUGGCCGAGGUGCUGUGCGACUGCAGCUCCUCGCAGGUGGUGGUGAAGGAGUUACGCGUCAGCGCCAGCCCGUUGGAGCAGAGGAAGUUCUUGGCCGAGUCGGAGCCGUACAGGAGUCUGAAACAUCCCAACAUCCUUCAGUGUUUGGGCCAAUGCAGCGAAAGCGUCCCUUUCCUCCUGGUCAUGGAAUUCUGUCAGCUGGGUGACCUGAAGCGAUACCUGCGAGCCCAGCGCAAGUCGGAUGGGAUGACGCCCGACCUUCCAACGCGGGACCUCUUGACUCUUCAGCGGAUGGCCUUUGAGAUCACGUCAGGCCUGCUGCACCUACACGAGAACAACUACAUCCACAGUGAUCUGGCUUUAAGGAACUGCUUGCUGACCUCUGACCUCACUGUGAGGAUAGGUGACUAUGGCCUCUCACACAAUCAAUACAAGGAGGACUAUUACUUAACUCCUGACAAGCUUUGGAUUCCUUUGCGAUGGAUCGCGCCAGAGCUCUUGGAAGAGUACAGAGGCUCUCUGAUUGUCACUGACCAAACCAAGACCAGCAAUGUGUGGUCUCUGGGGGUGGUCAUAUGGGAGCUAUUUGAGUUUGGCUCUCAGCCUCACAGGCACUUGAGUGACGAGGAGGUGCUGACGUUUGUCAUCAGGGAGCGACAGAUUACGUUGGCCCAACCGAGACUGAAACUCUCUCAUGCAGAUUACUGGUACGAGAUCAUGCAAUCUUGCUGGCUACCUCCAUCCCAGCGGCCAUCAGUGGCCGAGGUAUUCCUUCUCCUCUCCUCCCUCUUGGCCGCUGAGCGAGGAUCGGCGAGAGGAGGCAUCGGCGAUGAGGACGAAGAGGAGUAUGACGAUGGGAGAAGGCGAAGAGGCGAGAGCGAGGAGUCGUUUGAAAGACGCUGGGACUUACUCCGCCCGCCAGCCUUCCAGGCGGCGGCGCACGAACGGCAGAGAGAGCGCCAACGCGACAGAGAAGACCGACACAGCUCCUACCCCCUGCUGGACACCGUGGGGAACCGCGCCACGCAUUCCUCAUCUGAAUUGGAUGACAUCCUGACCGUGACAGAAACCAGCAAAGGGUUGAACUUUGAGUAUUUUUGGGAGAAGGCCCACGCUAGGCGGGGCUACAAACCUCUUCCUCCUGCUCAACCCAUUCCGACUGUGAACAACAACGCCCAUCGGCAGUCCUUGGACACCCCCACUGUGGUCCCAGUGAUCAGCGCACGCAGCCCCUCCCUCGCCAGCGAGUACUACAUCCGACUGGAGGAGCACACUCCCCAGGACAGGUCUCCAACUCUUAAAGGGAAGAUCCAGCCGUCUUGCAGGUCAGACUCCAUUUGUCCUGGAGACAUGGAGCUUGUGGAAAUCCGCAGUGGCAUGCUGGGAAAAGAGCGGGUGCCCUAUUGUUCCUCCGACAAGUGCACGGGUGGAAAAGGCCUCCAGACGGUGCGAUCAAGCGAGGUGAAACUUCAGGUUCGUAACACGGGCGUGGCUGAGUUCAGAGACACUUCGAGCAGAGUGACUGACUUCUCAGUGAUCAAUUUAGGAGAAGAUGAAGAAGAGGAUAAGAGCCCGGACAAAAAAGCUUCCACAACGUGUCAAGCUCCAAUCCUUCCUCCGAAACCUCGCUCGUUGUCUUUCUCAGCAGCCAACCACCUUCACUCGCGCCCCCUCCCCGCACCUCCACUUGGCUACAGAGGACUUGCUCAUUACAACAUGAGUGGUAAAAUUGAGACGGACCCCCUUCAUAUGAACAGCUGCCCACCUUCUAGCUUUGGUCACCUGGGGCUCCAUCGCUCUCGACAGACUUUGCCGCCGUCUCCGUCCCUCUCGCCUUCCCUCCCGCCAUCCAGUCAUCCCAUUUAUCCCCCAACUCAAAUGUGUCCGCCGCCUCUCCCUCCUCACUCAAAGCAAAGAACUUGCCCAGGCUACAGCACUGACUCUUAUUCUCGAUACUUGAACAGAUCUACGAGAGACCCGCUAUCCUGUGACCUUGCCAAUCGAGACACCAGACACACGAUGCACAACUCCAAGGAGGACUCUCACUCCCGUGCAAAAGGCUUUGAAUCCCCCAUUCGCAGAGAAAACCCCUUGCGACCGAUUUAUCGCAAUAUACCUCGUCCUCAACCUGGGACCGACGGGCAGUCCUCAUCCAGUCCCACCUACUCCGAUGAGGACGAUUCACCCAUCAUGUCUCCUGAGAAAACAAGCAGCGGCGUCUCCAUCACUCAUUCGAGCCUGUCCGAGGACGCAGAACCGGCCCCUGGAGCCAUCUUUUCCAGGGGAAUGAAGAGGACCCAGUCACGCCUGGACACCAUCUUGCCCGCAAUUUGGAAGGAAGACGCAGAACUUCAAGCAAAACGUGUGGCCGCCGCCAAGAAAUCCCCCAUGCACCUGUUUCUGACAGAGAUAGCAACCACGACAGAGCCGAGGGAGUGGAAGUCCGACUGUUCGUGGGAGGCUGGUCAGAAGGAGAGGAGAGAUGCAGAGGGAUCCGAAAAUGUGUUGCCUAACAAAGGGAUGCGCCGAUCCCAGUCUCUGAUCACUGAGUUGGGCUCAGCAGGACAGUCGUGGGCGUCAGAGAAACGCAACAGUAGCACGGCAACGGAGAAGAACUUCACAGCAUUGUUCCAGGGAGAUCUUUUUCUGACAGAGAUCGAUACAGAUGCAGAUCUAAAUGGAGGGUCAGGAAGUGAUCCGGUCAAAUACCUCUACCCAGCCGGGUCUAGGUUGCGGCCAUUUGACCGUGCCUCAGGCCUUCCCUCGUCCGCCGAAGCUGAAGAGACCUAUUCCAAAGGAAUAAGAAGGUCACACUCCCUCCUCUCUGAGCUCAGCACUGGCAAAGCAGAGAGUCAAACUCAGCAGACUGAGAAGGAGCCUCAGAGAACAGAAAUGACCAGGGAGGAAUUCCUUAAGGAGAUCCAAUCGGCAGAGACGUUUCUAACUGAAAUCAUAUCGAGGCAAAACACGACUACAAACAAGAAAGAAGUCGAUUCAUCUCCGACCCCUCUGUCACCCGAGUACGAGUCCAUAUGUAUUGACCCAAAUGCAGCCCAGACCAUCCGCUUUCAAUCGGAGAGCUCCAUCCGUUCAUCUAACCGAGGAAAGGAUGAACCACAAACUGAAGCCAUCUAUGCCCAAGUUACUAAACGUGCUAAAAAGACCGAGAUCAAAGUUUCUACCAGACCCGAGAUCCCGAUCCUUCACAUUGGCUCAACCAUAAAAUCGGAGAACCUAGGAAACGAUCCAGAUCGCCAGUCAGAAACGAUGCCCAAAAAUGGCCUACUGCACAAUCAAGCACUUGGAUGUCAGAAAGACGAAGAAAGUUCUGAUGGACCUGCCUUACCUGCCAGAGGAAAGGAUCAGGCCACAGAUCUUUCAGGGCUCUCACCUAAAGCUUGCAACAAAGACGUCACAGUGAACUCACUCAUUACAGAUCAUAGUCCGAAGACUUCUUUCUUUGAGAAUGGCGAGCUCGUGAGGGAUGAGCCAUGGCCCAGCAGUCCGAAGAGAGAAGAUCAAAUCACAGUGUGCCAUCUUGACAGUGAAAAGGAAGUUGUUACCCCUCCCACUCCAGAUUGGGAUGCGUCAGGUGACGUCUCCCUGGUCACCCCUACUGACUCGGUCCUGUCACCUCUGACGUCCAGCUCGGCGGACUGCCUCACUCCAAGCGACUCAUGGACGGGAGGGGGAAGUGGCGGAUGGCGAGCUCUGUGCAACGAAACGCCCCAUCGGGACUCGGCCUAUUUUUCAGAUAGCGAGUGGGAAGGGGACAGCACGAGCAGAAGGAGCAGUGACGGACUUGUCGGCGGCAGGCAUCGAGGGGGCGAGAGGGGGGCGCUGACUGGGAUCGAGGAAAAAACGGAAGAAGAGGGUGAGGUAGAACACAAGCACCUUUCAAAAAACAACAUCCAGAUGUCAGAGAAGAUGACAUGUCAGAAAACACCUGAAAACGCCGCAGAUAUUCCAAUCAAAAAGUUUGAGCCAGGGCAGCGAGACGAUUCUGGUACUUUCUUGAACGGUCAGAAAUCCUCCCGACUAAUUGAUGAUGCCCCAAGCCAAGACUGUGAUUACUUUAUUGAUAAAUUGUUCUCCAAAUUAGAAGAGGCGCCACUCAAGAAGUUGACUUGCAGUGAUGGUUUUACAAAACACCGACAGGAUGACGUCAUAGCAGAUGUCGCAGACUGCAGACAUAUCGAUUCUGAAGAGAAAGAUUUGAAUCUGCUUGGCGACAGAGCCAAAGACUCCACAAGAAUGGAAAACAGUAUCACAAGUCUCCAUCACUGUGGAAAUAUGUCUACAGAAUCCCCAUCAUUGGUGGAGUCAAUCGAAGAUAAAGUAAGUGGUCUUGCGAUUGCCUCAUGGAGAGAGCAAAGCGUUGAAAAAAUAAACAAGAUGGCUGACCUGGAGCUGCACCAUGCAGACCACAACCAGCUGGGAUUACGAGACCUUCACUGUUCAGACGCCUGCGAGGAUCAGACGGCAAAGGUCAGGACGGAGACAGAGAAACAGCUGGCCGCUGCAGAGUUGAAUAACAUCGUGAAAGAGAGGUCACCCCUGAGAGAAGCAAAGAAUCGGGUUAGCGGCGUCGCUAACGAUGGCGAGGAGGUGAAGGAUGACGAAAAGACCAACUGGCUCUACUGCCAACGUUCUUCACAGUCAGGGUUGCUCGUUUGGCCCGAUGAAAACGACCAGUGGGCCUCUCCAGAAAAGCGCUCUCCGGAUCACGAGCUAAGCUCUGAACUGUUCCCCGGCCUCCAGCCCGAAGCGUGGGAGGUGGCCGAGCGUCUCGUCGUGGGUCGGGAGUUUUGGGAGGCAGAAGAAAAUGACGAACUUGCAGGAAGCGAACCCCACCCGGCCGUGUUGAUGAGCUGCGAGGACUCGUGGAACGAUGAAAGGCGGGGCUUCACCGAGAGUCUAUCCGAGAAGGAACACGAAGGCGCUCAGCAGGAGGUGACGGACAUUCAACAGGUUGAAAAUCGGGAGAACCUUGUAGAAGUCGACAGAUUUGAUGCACUAGGGGAAAUGUCUGAUGAAGUGGAGAAUAAUGAAAUCCUGGAUCAAGAGCACUCUGAGACAGGUGAGAAGCACAAGUCAUUAGGCGUGGAUAUGGACGGAGAUGAUGGACAUCUCACAGAGUCAGAGGAGAAUCAGAAUUUUAACACCUGGUCUCAGCAUCAGCUUUUGGAAUCAUCACCACUAAGACAAAAGGUUGACAGCAACACUGUUUCCGUCAACUCCUUCUCUCACACGUUGGAGAGUAAACGAGCCAAAAUAACGAUUUGCAUCACUGAAGCCCCUCAAGAGAACUUCUCAGACCAGGAAAAUCUUGACUCUGACUUAUAUGAUGAGGCUGACAGAAGAAGUUCAUGCAACUCUGAGCAUCCCACAGAAGAAAGCAGAAGCACCGCAAAAGUCCAGGAAUUUGGAGACGUUGCAGAUCCACAGGUGGACAACUUCAGCUCAGUGGACUUCCCUAGUCCGCCUCAGAGCAUCGACCUUGACGUGCAGGAUGAAAAACUGGAGAGUUUAGAUGACUCCUUUCCGAGUCCGCCACCGUCAGUUUCAGAGACCGACGACUUUAGUUGUCCUCCGAAUUUAGAUGACUUCAACACUGAGGGAGAGUUUCCUGAAACCGGUUCCAGUAAGACACUUUUUCAGGAACCGGCAACCGCCACAGUCAAUCCAUCUGACAACUCCGAGACCGAAGAUCAGAAUAAUGCCGACCCAUCAGAAGCGCCCGCCAAUAGCCUGCCGGAAUCAUUCAUUUCCGAAUGGAAAAACAUGGAUGAGGAAGCCUUGGAGGAUUUUGAGAAACUGGAACAACUGUGUUGCAUAUCUGGUGACGAAGAGGCCACCUUGGGUGACAUUUUCUUGGACAACAUCCAGCUUUUGGAGUCCUUGAAGAAAACGCCCGACCAAGAAAGCCUCUGCGCUGAGGAGAACACGGAGAAGGUGGCUUUGGAUGGGACUCUUGAUGAGUCAGAGGGCGACGUGGUGAGGUCAUCGGACCAAACUGCAGAUGCUAAGGACCAGAGUUGUCUCUCCAAGGUGACCACAAAAAAUGGCCUCAUGAUGCAGGUGUGCGAAGAACGGCUGCAGUUCUCCCUGAGUGAAAAUGUGAAAACAAAUGUGCUUUGGGGAGCGACAGUUAAGGACACUGUCACGCUUCGGCCCUGGGGAGAAGAAACGGCGGAGAGUGAGGAAGUCCAAAGCCAGGACGACAGCCUACCGGAGCAGGAAAUUUGCCCCGAGCCCAACGCGGAGUGUGAGAAAACUGAAAAUGAGCCGCUCACUGUGAUUGAACAACCUGAAAUUAGCACAUUGCAGUCUUCUGCAAACCAGGCAAUCAAAGCAAAAGUCGCUCGUCUGUCUCUGGCCCUCCCGCCGCUCGCCAUGACUCUGCCCCUCAACACGACGGGCAAAGGAGGAUUCGGCGCUCGGAUCGGCAGACGGAGAGGUUUGCUCCCGGGAAGCGAUCUUGAAGACGAGGAGGAAGAUGAGGAGGAGGAGGAAAGCUGCCGCAGGGUCAUCGUUGUCACGGAGACAGAUGUGGACAAACGCGUGGGCCUGAGAAGCUUGCUCAAGUCGCCUAAGGAGCCGUUGGACAGGGCGAGGGACAGAGGGCGCAACGUGUCCUUUUUUGAUGAUGUCACCAUUUAUCUUUUUGAUCAGGAAACUCCAACCAAUGCAUUGAGCACUUUGGCGCCCACAAGUCCAGCUGCUGUGUCCGUCAAAAACACAUUUCAUGGUUGCGGCAGCAAAAGCAAAGAUUCCAAGCGCAAAGAGGCCAAAGUCGCUGUGGGCGGGGCCAACACGGUGACAUCAUCACGCUUCACCGUCAGCCCAGCCAAGGACCCUCACUCGGCGUGAUGUCGCUUGAACCCGUGGGAACAUUUUAGAGACUCUGAGACUGAGCCGUUGAAUCCACCCCAGCAACCAACCAGCGGUUCGCACAGAGGCUAUUUUUCUACCGGAUGGAAGAGGACGACUCCCGUUUCCAAACGAUUCAGUUUUGACCAGCCACACUGUUUACAGAGUUUAUCAAAGCAUCUUUGGAAGGGGGAACCUGUGAGACGUUUUGACAGCUAUGCAGUGGGAGCCUCGCUGUCGACCAGCUUCUCUUUUCUGCAUUGUUACUCCCCCAACAGCGAGGGGAAUGCUGUUUGUUUUUCUUCUUCUUGUUUUUUUUAUCAGGCCUCUCUCUCUUCAUGGACAUGUUUUCAUUGCAGUCAUGUUUGAAACAAUUUGCUCAGCUCCUGUUAGAAUACUACUUGGACAUUUGUACAAAACAUCAUCAAACAAAGUGAAUACAAUAUCGUUUUUUAGCUGUUUACUUUUAGGCAUGAGAAUUUCAAAGCAACCAACGUUUUUCCUUUGUACUUUGAGUUCCAAAAAAAGCAGUCUCUUAUUUUAUUGCUAUUUAUUUGUCAUGUUUGUAAAGCCAGACUAUUCUUUAUGCAUUCAUUUAUUUAUAUUAUUUAUUUGAUGCCGUUAGCAUAUACUAACUUAGCAUUUGGAACAGAGUGCAUCUAGGUUAUACCUUCUGUAAGAUCUUCAUAACAAAUAAAGCAAAAUAUUUUCCCA